GAAGUCCUUGUCUCGAUUUUCAUUUAAGAGCGUCUGCAGAUUCUCUGGAAUUCGCACUUCCCAAAACUCAAAUAAAGGAGAAACUGCUUCUUUGUGUAGGAAGAAACCAGAGGCAAAGGGAAUCAUUAUAUAACCGACCUUACAAUGGUGGAAAUGGGCAGCCAUCUAAGCUGCGGCUGUGCUCAUUUGUGACCCAUUGUGAUCACAAAACUCCCUCUCAAUCGCAUUUUUGUGAGGAAAGUAGCAGCUCAGUUUAAUGGCUCAAGAUCAUUCUGGUUCUGAAUCUCAUCAGAAACGGGCAGGUCUAUUGAAAGAUCAAGUGAGAUUGGUUAAGAGAAAGGAUUCGGAUCGCUAUGAAAUUGUUUCAAUCCAAGAUCCUUUGUCAUUUGAGAAAGGGUUCUUCAUAGUUAUUCGUGCCUGCCAGCUGCUAGCACAGAAGAAUGAAGGAAUUAUAUUGGUUGGUUUAGCUGGUCCUUCUGGGGCUGGAAAAACAGUUUUCACAGAAAAGAUAAUGAACUUCAUGCCCAGUAUUGCUAUCAUAUCAAUGGAUGAUUAUAAUGAUGCAAGUCGAAUUGUCGAUGGCAACUUUGAUGAUCCACGCUUAACUGACUACGACACCUUGCUCCAAAAUGUCCAAGAUCUAAAAGCAGGGAAGCAAGUUCAGGUCCCUAUUUAUGAUUUCAAAUCUAGUUCCAGAAUUGGAUACAGGACAGUUGAGGCUCCAAGCUCAAGGAUUGUGAUCAUCGAGGGAAUUUAUGCGUUAAAUGAAAGAUUGCGGCCCCUGUUGGACCUUCGAGUCUCUGUUAGAGGUGGAGUUCACUUUGACCUUGUGAAACGGGUGUUACGUGACAUCCAACGUGCUGGCCAAGAACCAGAAGAAAUUAUUCAUCAAAUUUCUGAAACAGUGUAUCCAAUGUACAAGGCUUUUAUCGAACCAGAUCUUGAAACUGCGCAUAUAAAAAUCAUCAACAAAUUCAAUCCCUUUACAGGAUUUCAAAGUCCCACUUACAUAUUGAAGUCAGCAAGAAAGAUAACAGUGGAUCAAAUUAAGGCUGUAUUAUCUGAAGAUCAUACAGAACAUUUGGAGCAGACGUACGACAUAUAUCUGUUGCCACCGGGUGAAGAUCCCGAGUCUUGUCAAUCAUAUCUAAGGAUGCGCAACAAAGAAGGAAAAUACAGUCUCAUGUUUGAGGAAUGGGUUACCGACAAUCCAUUUAUAAUAUCUCCGAGAAUAACUUUCGAGGUCAGUGUGCGCCUUCUUGGUGGACUGAUGGCCUUAGGAUACACAAUAGCAACAAUUCUUAAAAGAAAGAGCCAUGUAUUCUCAGAUCACAGAGUGUGUGUCAAAAUUGAUUGGCUGGAACAAUUAAAUCGCCAGAACGUUCAGGUACAAGGUAAGGAUCGGCUAGUCGUAAAACAUGUAGCGGAGCAGCUCGGCUUGGAUGGUUCCUACAUUCCUCGUACCUACAUUGAACAGAUUCAACUGGAGAAGCUUGUAAAUGAAGUCAUGGCUUUGCCAGAUGAUUUGAAGUCUAAACUCAGUCUUGACGAGGAUCUGGUUUCAAGCCCCAUUGAAGCACUCUCUAGAGCCUCUGCUGAUAGAGUGUCCUUGAGAAAUAGAAAUCUCAAAAGUGGCAUAUCUCAGUCAUAUACAACCCAAAGGGAGAAAAAGCUGACUGGAUAUGCUUCCAACAACCAAAGAUUUGUCGACAGCAACACGGAGUCUUCGACAAUGGUUGCGAACCAGGGAGCCAUUACUCAGCUUUCUGAACAAAUUUCGUCACUCAAUGAUCGAAUGGACGAGUUUACAACUCGAAUCGAGGAGUUAAAUUCAAAGUUGAGCUUCAAGACGAAUUCUCCAAGCCACCACAACCUGAAUCUCCAAGCGGAAACAUGCAACGGUUCUGUACCGACUUCUUGUUUCGUCUCUGGAUUGGGUAAUGGCUCCUUGACUGGUUCCAUUAUACCCAAUUCUUCAUCCUUCUCCCAGCUGGCUAAGGAUUCUCCUUUAAUGGAUGAGAUAUCAGGAAUCGUGAGGGGGCAACGACAAGUUAUGCACCAAUUAGAUUGCCUUAGCAAUCUUCUUCGGGAACGUGAUAGUGCAGGGGAACGAUCCCGUCAAGUAAGAACAAAGAAGAAAACCAUAAUACCUGAUCCCGAGCCGCUAAGACUUCCUCUCUUGUUGACUGUAGCUGUGGGAGGUGUAGGAAUUUUCUUGUACAAGAGCUUAAGUCGCAACUGAUUCAGAGAUUAUUAGAAGCUUUUCAUGCUUUUAUGAUUAUCCUGUGGUUGGGUUUCCACAAAUUGUGUUGCAGCGUUCACCCUUCAACGCGGGAAAGACGAUGGAUUGAUUCAAAUGAUUGAGACUGGAGGCAGUUCUCAUUGAGUUCUAUUUGAGAAGGGUGUAAUAAACUACAUUCAUUUCAGUAAUAGGUAGACGUCUCAACUACAUUUUUUAUCUUUUACAAUUGAAAGUUAUGCUCUACCUUUUAACUUUU